UCUUUGUUGAGCCAUAAUAAACAACUGAUCAUAGAAAUUUAAUGAUCAAAAAAAUAUUCAUCAACACUUUAAAUUUUGAAAAUCCAAUAUUAUUUUUAAUUGAUUUUUCUAAAGAGAAAAAUAAAAUACAUCGUAAAAAAAGAAUAAAUAAAGAAAAGAAAUACAUUAUUUUAAAAUUAGAAAAAAGAAAAAAAAAUUAUGACGCAAAAUUUUGUUAAAAAACCAUUGCCACCAGAUGGCGGAUGGGGAUGGGUAAUUUGCAUCGGUUGCAGUUUAAUUACGUUAUCCCUAAGGUCUCUGGAUCCAUCAUUUGGUCUUCUAUUUGGCGAUUUACUAAGAGACCUAAAAAUCGAUUCAACAAGAACUUCCUUAAUAAUGAGUGUUCUUGACGCUAAUAUUAAUUUUUCAGGACUUUUUGUUGGCUAUCUAUUGACUAAAUAUUCGUACCGAAAAGUUGCAUUUUUUGGUGCGUUAUUAAAUAGUACGGGUCUUAUUUUGACCUCGCAAGCCAAUAGUCUCACUCAUAUUAUUUUGACUUAUAGUAUUAUUGGAGGUAUAGGUACAGGAUUAGCGCUCGCUUCGUCUUUCGUGGCAUUAAAUAGUUUUUUUGUUAAAAAAAGAGGUCAAGCUUUGGGUUUUUCAAUGGCAGGAACAACAAUGGGAAUGAUGUUAAUGCCACAGAUCGUACAGAUUCUUCUAGAGAUUUAUGGAUUUAGAGGUACGACUUUAAUUAUUGGUGGAAUUUCCUUGCACUCGUUAAUUGGCGCAUGUUUGUUAUCGCCAGUUCCCUUAAAAAAAGUGGAAGAAAAGUUAUUCGAGAGUGAAAAUUCGUUUUCGGACGAAAUUGGCGAGACGUCGGGAGAAAAUAAUCCACUAUUGAGUGGUAAUGAUAAGAAAGAGACGACAAUUAAAAUACCAUUGGAGGCAACAAAUAAAAGUGGAGCAUUGAAAUUAAAUGAAAAUUUAACGAAAAAUCACUAUCAAAGAAGAGAAGAAAGUCUAACGAUGAGAAAAUCUUAUUUAAAAAAAAUUAAGGACUUCUUUGGUUUACAUUUAUUGACAAACACGAAAUUUCUCAAUGUCAUGAUUGGAGUGAGUUUGUUUUACGUUGCCGAGACAAAUUUCAAAUUAUUUACUCCAUUCUUCUUGUUCAGUAUCGGAAUGACGAAGAAGGAAGUUGCAUUUUGCCUUUCGCUCACCGCCUUUAUGGACGUGUUGGCUCGACUCGCACUUCCAACCCUCUUUGACAAACUUGGUUUCAAGAAACGCACUACUUUUUGGAUCUGCGCUUUAUGCAUUGCCAUUGGACGUUCAGUAUUCGCCGAAGAAUCGAACAGUACAGCUUUAAUAGUGACAUUAGUAAUUGUAGGAUUUUUGCGAGGGUCAACAAUUGUAAAUAUGAAUUUAACAAUUUCUGAGCAGUGUACAUUGGAAAUGUUGCCCCACGCUUAUGGAAUAUUUAUGGUGUUCAAAGGGACAUUUGUCGUCUUCUUUAGUCCCGCAAUCGGUUUUCUCACAAAAGGAUUAGGGACAAAUUUCUCCGCGAUAUCAUCGAAAUUAAUUGACGAAAGUACAUUGGAAUUUCGUGAUAAAUUGAUAAAAUUAUGUAAAUAUAAUUCGGGACCCGAGGCAAUAAGAAUAAUAGAAAAAGCAGAAAAACAAUUAAAAGCAAAAGUGGAAUUGAAUUUAGAAAAAACAUUCACUGAAAUAUUAAAAAUGAAAUAUGUUUUUAAAAAAUAUUUCAAUGAAUUAUGCGACAUCGAUUAUGCUGUGCAUAAUUAUAUUAUUGCCAUAAAACCAUGUCUAAUUGAAAAAACAAUUUAUUAUCCAUCGACAAAAUAUUCAAAUUACAUUCAUCGUGAAUCACAAAUUGCAACUUCUUUUCCCGAAAAUCAUCAGAUUAUCGAUUUAAUUUGUGAUGGAAUGAAAAAUUCUUUAAAGGAAAUUAUUGACGUCAAAUGUUUUGAGGAAAAAUUCUCAAAAUUGAAACGUUGUUUUGUGAAAAAUAAUUAUUUUCAAAAUUAUGUUUGGAUUCUGAGAAAUUUCAAUACAACUAAUGUGCGACCAAAAAAUUUUCCCUAUCAUGUGAUCACAAAUGCUCAGCCAUCGUUUCUCACGGAUCUGCAGGAAAUUAUUGACUUUAGAAGAUGUCUCAUUGAUACUCUAAAUACCUGCAAAUAUUCCUCAUUGGGAUAUAAUAUCGAAUUAAAUUUCUUUCCGGACAUAGAAAAAAUUAACAGUUUAUUCAAUUAAUUACUGUUUAUCGUCAUUUUUUUUCAUUCAAUAGAUUAAAAAGAAAUUUUUUUUUUCAAAAUAUUCAUUCUAUAUAUAUGUAUAUGUAAUAAUAAACUUUUUAUAUUUUUGCGAAAAAGGAGAAAUAAACACACUACUGUAUA